GAAUUGGCUGUUCGUAAAGGCCGCUCUGGAUGUGUGAAGCUCAUAGAUCCUGCAGCUGAUCAGCACAUAGGUGUCAGGGGGAGGCAGUUUUCUGGGAUUUACACAGCAAACAGAUUUGAUGAGUGCAAUGACAUUGGAUGUUUAGUUUUUAUUCAGUUGCCUAGCAACAGCAGCACAGACAGGACAAAGAGGAUUUUAGAAUGUUGGAAUGUGACAUCACAGAGGAUGUCAGAAGGUUUUUAAAUAGGGCACAACGGAAAGACAGAAAUCACUUGAGAGCAAGCAAAGAAACUCGCAUCGCCUGAUAGAGAUCAGCAGUCGACAAGCCACAAGCUACGAGCAAGAACCAUGUCAUACAGACACAACGCAAGCAGACACCAUGGAGGUUUCAAUAGCCCUCCUGGACGUGAGAAUAUACCUUCAGACCUCAGUGGGAUGCAGCAAUCCUUGGACGCCUCCAUCCGUCGCAUUAAAGAGCUGCUCGGUGAGAAGAGGCGCUUCAUUCAGCAAGCUGAGGCCGACAGCUACCGGAUCAGCCAACUAGAGGCCCUUCUGGAAAAGAGCCAGAAGAGAUGUAAAGAGCUGGAGAUGGAAAAAAUCCAGAACAACACCAACCAGCUGAAGGAGGACGAUUCUUCCAACAGCGAGUCCAUGUCAUGGGGAGACAUCAUGGACUUUAAAGAUGAGCUGAUGCAGAAAGACGAGGAGAUCCACAGACUGUCUGAACUGCUGAAAGACAAUGGAAAAGUCCAGACAGAAGAUGUUGCAGAAGAGACUGAAAGACUGAGAGAGCAGAAUAAAAAGCUUCAGGAGGAAAAUGAACUGCUGAAGAAAGAGAAGCUGGAUCUGGAGUUGAACCUGAGGAGCAUGCACACAAACAAGAUGCUCACAGAGACGAGACUCAGACAACAGAAGAAGAAACUGGAGGCGCAGAACAUGAAGCUUGAGACCAAAAAUAAAGAGCUGCUGGACACCAACAAAAAAUUGGCUCUGAGUGAAACUGUGGUAGAACACAGACUAACCAGGCUGAGAGAGGAGAAGCAGCUCCAAGACCAAAGUAAAGAAGAAGAAAUCCAGAGGCUGAACCACAUCAACAACUCUCUGUCUGUGACGGUCUCCACCAUCCAAGGUCAGAUGCUGGUUCAGGAGACCCAACACCAGCAGAGAGAGGAAGAGAGGAAGAAUCAGCUAAGUCAUCUGCAAAAGCUUCAAGAGGAGAUGGAACUGGAAAAACGAGACAUGGAGGAGACGAUUAAACAGUUUGUAGAGAAAGAGGAAGAAUACGUCAGAGAAGAAGAAAAAAAGAAGAAGAAAAAGAGUUUCUGGCGCAGUUUUUUCCCAAAGAAAAAACACGAGAUGAAGGUGAAGGAGGCUGCUGGAUGUUCAAUCUAAUUUCAUCUGCCUUCCCCUUCUCCUCACCCUUCUUCCUAUAUAUAUAUAUAUUUAUAUAUAUAUAAAAAUCUAAAAAAAAUAAAGAACAAAAAAAACAUACAAUUUCUGCAUGUGUAGAUGAGGCUACGUCCCUGAAGAAUGUUGCAUUUCAGGGUUUUCAGGUCUUGAAAAUUUCUCAAAAUGAGCUGAAGUGAAAUUAUUUUCAGGUGAUGCAGCUUGUAAAUGAUCAAAUAGUGGAGUUUUCAAAAGGUUUAAGUUGAAUUUUUCACAUUUUAUUCCUUUUAUGAAGCUUAACAGGUUGAAAUCUCAGACUUUUUUUUUUUACCACUUUUAAUAUUGUGUUUUGUGUGUAGCAGCUGUAUUUUAUGUUGUUGUUUCCUUCUAAAAGACGUUUUCUUGUAUUCAUAAAGCUUUCCAGUAACAUCUACACAGAGUACUUUGUGAAGUUCUACUGUUUUCAUGGUGUAGUUAAAUGAUGGAUUCUUCUAAAUAAAGGUGUCUUUACACUACAAUCACUGAGACACAUUCACUGAACUCAGGUGAUCUUAAUUUCACUAAAUGUGUGACUUUUAGCACAAACUGAGUUGAAUUUGUCACUUUAAAGGGUUGAAUACUUAUGGAAUCACUUAUUUUAUGUUUCUAAUGAAUUUACAUUAUUCUAUAGAAAUUCAUUUUCAUGUCAACAUGAAAGAGUCUUUUUUUUCUGUCAGUUCAUGUUAACGCUGUUGCCACAAUUUCAUGCCAUGUCAUAUGAUACAAAACAGCUGAAAAUCCACCAAAGUCUGUUGUUAUGUUG